CGAGCUUUACACCAGCCGACGCUCGGCAUUGCGCAUGGUGAUCUUAGGCUUGUGUGCAGCUGCUCAGCCAUGGAAACCCAUUUCAUGAAGCUCCAGACGAACCGUUCUUGUGCUGACGUUGCUUACAGGGCCAGUUUGGAACUCAGUAGUGAAUGUUGCAACCAAGGACAGACGAUUUUUUGCACUAUGCGCUUUAGCGGUCCCGUUUGGUGAGCUUGUGUGGCUUCCACUUCGCAGCUGAGCCGUUGUUGUGCCUAGAUGUUUCCACUUCACAAUAACAGCUCUUACAGUUGACCGGGGCAAAUCUAGCAGGGCAGAACUUUACGAAUUGACUUGUUGGAAAUGUGGCAUCCUAUGACGGUGCCAUGUUGAAAGUCAUUACAGCCAAUGUUUGUUUAUGGAGAUUGUAUGGCUGUGAGCUCGAUUUUAUACACGUCAGCAAUGGGUGUGGCUAAAAUAGCUGAAUCCACAAAUUUGAAGGGGUGUCCACAGUACUUUUGUAUAUAUAGUGUACUUAAGUCAUUAAAAACGGGUUAACCAUCGCAAGGCUGCCAGCUCAGACAGCAUCCCUAGCCGUGCCCUCAGAGCAUGUGCAGACCAGCUGGCUGUUGUGUUCUCAAACAUUUUCAAUCUCUCCCUAACUCAGUGCCACUAUAGCCACCUGCUUCAAGAUGUCCACUAUCAUCCCCGUGCCCAAGAAAGUGAAAGUUACUGAACUGAAUGACUACCAACCAGUAGCACUCAUUUCCAUCAUCAUAAAGUGCUUCGAGAGGCUAGUCAAAGACCAUAUCACCUCCUCCCUCCCCGACACACUUGACCCUCUCCAAUUUGCCUACCACCCUGACAGAUCCACGGACCACGUAUUUGCCAUUGCACUGCCCUUACCCACCUGGAUAAAAGGAAUGCAUAUGUGAGGAUGCUGUUCAUUGACUACAGCUCGGCCUUCAACACCAUAGUGCCCUAUAAGCACAUGACAAAGCUCACAGCUCUGAACUCCUCCCUAUGCAACUGGGUCCUGGACUUCCUGAUGGUCCGCCCCCAGGUGGUGAAUGUAGGAAACACUACCUACUCGACACAAAUUCUCAACAUGGGGUGCCUUUUAUGCAAAAUAGUGUCCCCCUGCCAAAAAAAGUGCUACAGUAUCUUGCUAGCUAGCCAGCCAGUUUUACUUAGAAAUGCUAGCUAGGUAGCUAGCUAGCUUGCAAGCAAGCUACUGUAACUUUUGUAGCUUUCUGUUUGUAUGUAGCUUGCACUUCAAUGGCAUCCCUCUGAGAUUUGUAUUUAUUUUUUCUUUCCAACCAGGCGAAGUACUAUGAAGGCACCACUGAUCGACAAGAGGUGCAACAUUCAGAGAAAUUCACAAUUCAGGUUAACGUUAAGCACUUAACUUCUAUUAGAUAACUGGAUGGAUUUAGCUAUGUACAACCAUUUUUUCAGCAACUGUUUUCCAUCUAGCUAGUUGGUCAUCUACAUGUUGCUAGCUUUACAUGUAGUUCAGUGGAGGCUGCUGCUUUAUAUGAUACCAUCAAGGACGAGACUGGUGAGGCCACCUCCAAGGCAAUGAUGGACAUCUUCAACACCCACGGUCCUCCUGAGGUUUGGUGAAUGGGCCAACCAGACCCUCAAGAAUGCCAUGGGCAUGUCCCUUGAUUGGUACCAGGAAGGGUGGGAGAACAACCUGAAGGUAAUUCUCUUUGCACACAACAGCAGCAUCCAUGCCUCCACUGAGUAUGGACCGGAGCCGCAGCUGUUGACCGAGAUCACUGAAACCCCAGCUGAUGUGGUGGAAGUUGUCGAACCAGAUCAGAAUGCCUUCGAGGACCACCUUCCGGCACAGACUGAGAAGGAUGUGGAGGUUUUUGACCAGGUGAGACUGAACAUUGACAAGGCGCAGGAGAAACAGAAGGAGAGCUACCGGAGCAGAAUCAAGAAGGGGACCAAGUGCUACAACCUCCGGGUGAAUUACUUGGUUUGGAAGAAGGAUGAAAGGAAGGCGAGACCUGGGAAACCUUGCUACUCAUUCGCUCCAAGCUGGGGUCAUAUAAAAAAGGUUAAAUCGGUGGAAGCCAACAAUCUUCUCCUAUUGGAGCAGUUGGAUGGUCGACCACUGACGCCCUACACUUCAGUGAAGACCGAUAGACAAAGACCAUUGACUGUCCAAGUCCCCCAGGAGGUAUCACCUCCACCAGAAUCAAUGAGUUCGGAUCAGUCUGAUUCUCUAUGCUCGGAGUCAAAGGGGGACCAGCUUGAGGUAGGCUAUUUCUUCCAAAAAGACUUGAAAAGUACAUAUCUCCCAUUUAUAAUACUGCACUAAUCAAGAAAAUUCUCACAGUAAAGUGUAACCUGUGUGUUUGCGUCCCUCUCCUACCCCGUUCCCUUUAACUCUGGACCGGUUUUUCUAGGAGCUAGGGGUUCUGCCCAACACCCAGAUGUGGAUCCACCAAACUUAACAUGUGUAAAUAUUUGUAUGAACAUAAGAUUCAACCACUGAGACAAAAUCAAAAGUAACAGUCAAUGCAGCUGGUGGCCACACCAGAUACUAAGUACUGCAGUGCAUCUCCUCCUCAUGGACUGCAUCAGAUUUGCCAGUUCUUGCUGUGAGAUGUUACCCCACUCUUCCACCAAGGCACCUGCGAGUUCCAGGACAUAUCUGGGGGAGAAUGGCCCUCACCCUCCGAGCCAAAAGGUCCCAGACGUGCUCAAUGGGAUUGAGAUCCGGGCUCUUCGCUGGCCAUGGCAGAACACUGACAUUCCUGUCUUGCAGAAAAUCACGCACAGAACGAGCA